AAUUAGUCAUUAAAUAACGAAAACUAUAGAAAACUAAACGAAUAUAUACUUUCCAAACAGUUUUAUCAAGAUAUGAAAGAGUUGGACGUGGAGUAUGUGCUCCUCAACGCCACAUUCCCGGAGAACUAUCCGUUUGCGCCACCAUUUGUUCGGGUCGUCUCUCCACACAUCGAGAAAGGGUUUGUGAUGGAAGGCGGAGCUAUUUCGAAUAAGUAA